CGGCGUUCCAAAUGUUUGAUCAGAAAGUUCUAAGAAACCCGAAAACAUGUACGGAAAAUUGAUAAUCAAGGCAUUCAUUGUACUGUCAGUGGCCUGGACUGUCCAUGGCGCAGUCACCUGCACGGCAGCGGGCAGGUUCGCGGACCCCGCGGACUCCACUUGUAAGAACUACACUCUCUGCGUGCUGGUGACCGCCAACACAAGCUACAUCGGCUACAACUAUGUCUGCCCCACCACCAGUCUCUUCAACCCCACUACUGCAAGAUGCACCACCACCUACACCUGCAACGGUACUACCACAAAUACCACUACAACCAACACAACGAGCUCCGCCGUUUGCACCACUGACGGCUUUGUCGCUGAUCCUAGUUCGACCAAUUGCUCCUCCUAUAUCCAGUGCGUCCAAAUCAACGGCACAUUCCUUGAGACAACGCUAACCUGUCCGACCGGGUCCUUCUACAAUCCUAAUACAACUCUAUGCGAGGUGAACUAUGUGUGUGCCUUCACGUGCACGGCGGCGGGCAGGUUCGCUAACAGCGCGGAUACCACGUGUCAGACCUACUACCUGUGUGUGCUCACCACUACAGGCACCUACUCACAGUACGAGUACACCUGCCCCACCACAUCCGUCUUCAGCCCAACUACCAGAUUAUGCACCACUUCUUAUACUUGUCCCACGGCUUCGGGAUGAUUAAAUUCAUUUGAUUUUGUUUUUUAACAUUGAUGUGAUAAUGUUUUAUGAAUGGACAGUUAAUAAUCACCGAUAUAGCAUGUGUAGUGUGAAAUCUCAGAUUUGAUUGGAAACUGACAUUGUUUUUUUAUUAUAAUAUGUACACGUGUAUACGUAUAUAAUUAGUAAAGCGGUGCGGUGCAUAUACAAAAGUAAGUUUUUAUUUUUAAUUUAUUAUUUUGUAUUUUAAAUUAAUAAAUAAAUAUAUGUGUAAUGUGA